ACAUGACGUCUAAUAGAGGCAAUGUGGUAUUUUCAAUCAGCGUAAAUGCUCAAUCACCAAGGGCGAAUAACUCUAACCUUCGAUUAUAGCUGUUGAUUAUGUCCCCCUGAGUGAGACAUCAGACCGCUGUACGUGUUGUUCGUCAGACUAACAUGCAGAUUGUCUAGAGUAUUAUGACAACAUAAGCUGAACUUUGGAGACAAUAUGGAGUCUUCAUCCCACUCUAGUAGGAGUAGGAGAGACAAGGAGGAGAGAGACAUGAGGCCAGCCAAACGCAGACAUGUGUCUAGUGACAGCAGCAGUGACGACACUGACUCCUCCUCUUCAGAAUCAGAUGUGGACAGACACAGGAAAAAAAAGAAAAGACACAGGGACUCCUCGGAUUCUUCCUCAUCAGAUGAUAACCAUCGCAGGAAGAGGAGCAAGAAACACCACAAGCAUAAGCACAAGAAGAAGAAGAGAAAACACUCCAAGGACAAAGGACCAGUCCAGCUCUCUAAGUAUAUGAAGGAGAAGGGUGCCCGCAGUUCCAUCUCGGGGAAGAAGAUCAAGAUGAAGGUGAAGAAGUCCAAGCACGAUAAACAGCGAGACAAGAACAGAGCCCAGCUGCUCCAGUUUCUGAAUGAUGCACUGUAAGAUACGAAGACUUUGCUGCUAGACAUUGUACUGCUGUCGGAAAUUUAUGUUAUAAAGAAUGGAAUUCCA